UUUUUAAUCAGUAGAAUCUCAUAGGUAAAAAUUCACAAGACUGUAGUCUGUACGUCUCUACAUCUGCCCACCAUCUCGCGCAGUCCGCGCACACACUCACACAGAGAGAUGGAAAACAAACUGGCCAAUUGGGGUUUCAAGAACCAGAAGGAGCCCAGCCCCACCAUUAGAGACGUUCUUGAGAUUUUAAAGAGAAAUCUAAAAAAUGAGCAAAGGCUGGUAAUCCAUCUCGGCCACGGCGACCCAUCUCCCUACCCGAGCUUCCGAACAACCCCUGUUGUCGAAAAUGCCCUUUGCACCGCCGUUAAGUCCGCUCUCUUCAACGGCUACGCCCCGUCGGCAGGUAUUCCCGUAGCAAGAAGGGCUGUUGCAGAGCACCUAAGCAAGGAUCUUCCGUAUAACCUUUCAGAAGACGACAUAUUUCUAACUGCAGGCGCAAAUCAUGCAAUUGAGGUCUUACUCACUGUCCUAGCUAGGCCAGGGGCCAACAUAUUACUUCCAAAACCGGGAUACCCAUUUUACGAAGCUAAUGCUGGAUUUAGCAAUCUCGAGGUUCGACAUUUUGACCUUCUUCCCGAUAAAGGCUGGGAGGUCGAUCUCAAAGGCGUGGAAAAAUUGGCCGAUGAUAACACCAUUGCCAUGGUCAUCAUCAACCCUGGAAACCCAUGUGGGAAUGUUUUCACAAUUGAGCAUAUGCAGAAGAUAGCAGAGACUGCGGAAAGGAUAGGUGUUGUUCUUAUUGCGGAUGAAAUUUAUAAUCAUCUCGUUUAUGGAUGUAACCAAUUUGUACCCAUGGGAUCUAUUGCUCCUGUUCUUACUCUGGGAUCGAUUUCUAAGAGAUGGCUUGUGCCUGGUUUGAGACUUGGCUGGAUUGCUGUUACCGAUCCAAAUGGAGGUCUCAAAAAAUCGGGGCUUGUGGAAUGCAUUCACAGCUAUCUUAAUGUUGCUGCUGAUCCUGCAACUCCUAUACAGGGUGCUCUUCCUGAAAUCCUGGAGAACACGACAAAUGAUUUCUUCUUAAAAACCAAUCGUACGCUACGAGAAGUUGUGGAUGUUUGUUAUGACAAACUUAGUGAGAUUCCUGCACUGAAAUGUCUGCACAAACCUGAAGGAGCUAUGUCUACAAUGGUUAAGAUAAAUCUCUCAUUGUUGGAAGAUGUGGAAGAUGACAUGGAUUUCGCUUUGAAGCUUGCUAGUGAGGAAUCAGUUCUUGUUCUGCCAGGAUCUGUCGUGGGACUAAAAAAUUGGUUGCGCCUGAGUUUCGCGGUGGAGCUGACGAAUCUCCAAGAAGGACUCGAGAGAAUCAAAGCUUUCUGUUCAAGGCAUUCGAAGAAGUAAUUAAAAACUGUGCUUUUCAGUUCUCAUUCUGGAUUGCAAGAACAGAUUUUCUUAAAAUUUAUCGGACAAAUGAACAAGCAACAGCUCUUUUCAUUUUUUAGUUGCAAAUUUUAUUUGUCUCCUCAAAUGCUGCAAGAACCUUAAAACAUGAUAUUCGUAAAUCUGCAGAUUGAUGUAAGCUUGGCUUCCACAUGUUCAUAAAUUGGCUAGUCCCAUGUUGUACCAGAAGUUUGGUCCAAAGUAAACCUGUUUUUGCACAAUGGAGCACAUGAAGAUUUUUCAUAAACCAAUUAAGAUGAGAUUCAAAUGCUAAGAAGAUAGAGCCAAGACUAGAAAUAAUCUCAAUCGACGAA